CCAGGAUACCAGAGAGGCACAAGUCCAUUGGGUACUACACCUGCGCGAGCGGCAUGGGCUGCAGCCCUUGCGAGUUCUUCCACCGCGCCCGGAGCUGCAAGCACGGCCAGCAGUGCGCCUUCUGCCACCUGCACAAGCCGCGCUGCUCGCGGAACGCGGUGCAGAGGAGGAGGCUGAAGAAGCACAUGCUGGGGAGGGGGCUCAGCGACGACGGCACCCCGCUGAGCGACGACGGCACCCUGCCGAGCGAGGGUGGCGCCGAGAGCCGCACCCAGUCGCCAAGUCGUGCGACGGAGGAUGAGCUUCAGACGCCCACCCCGUCGGGGGGCCCCGCGCGCGACGCGGAGCUCGAGGAGGCGCCGGGGAGCGAGCCGGCGGCGGCCCUCGCCGUGGGUGCGCUGGUGGCGUGAGGAGGCGCGGCGGCGGCGGCAGCCGCCGCGAGGCCAGUGGCCCGUGGUGCCGCCAGCACGUCGCCUGGCCGGCGAGAGUCGCCUGGCCGGCGAAGAGGCCGGCGGCCAGCGAGUGCCCCUGGCUGGUGGCCCGCGAUGUCGCCUGCCCGCGCAGGAGGGGUGAGCGGCGCUUGUCCUCGUCGUCCUCGUCGCUGUUGCCUUCCUUUUGUUC